AUGACAGCAACAAACUUGAGAACUCCGUUUUACCCUUUGCAAACGCAAUAUCAUCGGCAAACUCAUCGUAUUCGAGAUACUGGACGACAGCGAGACUCAACCGUCGCUUUGACAAUAGCACCACACAAGUCAGACGAGAGAAACAUCAUCCAGCGCCGAUUCCAGUUCCAGCUCCAGCUCAGGGGGAUCCACGACGACCACUUCCAAAGAGCCCAAGUGUUCGGUGAGAUUUUCAAAACUCCUCCAAAUGAACAACUGCUGAUCGAACUGCAGAGUUUCGACGCUUUCCAAACUUGCAGCACCAAAGGCGACUACGGCAAGUGUCUCUCUACAGCUUCUCCCAAUUCCUGUGGCUGUGAACAUGGCAUCAAAUACCUUGACUGCGUAGAAGAUGCACUCGAGAAGUCCAAAUGUCACUUUUUUGUCGGUAUCACAGAUUGGUCAGCGUGGGAACGAACCUGGGUCCAGGAGGCUUGCUCAACCCCUCCCAGUUCGGUCAUGACUGAGCUCAAGCAGCCAACAACCGUCGAAGUCUCCUACGCCACCGUUCCCAUGGUCACACUCACCUCAACUCCAACCUCCCUUCUCGACUUGAUUACCCUCCCCCCACACAUCAUCACCGCAACUCCAACUCUCACCUCCCUCGGUGCACCCCUCCUCUUCGACUCAGCAGGCGACGCCAACCCCUGCGCGACACCACGCUACACCCUUCUUCACGCAGGUGACAUAGUCUUUUACGCCGCCUUCGUCGGUUGCGGCGCCGACAAGCCUGAGUGUUGUCCCUGGGAGGUGGCUACUACCACUACAGAGCUGCCACUCGGGAGCACAGAAGGAGGAGGGGCUCCGGCAGGGGAUAGGUUCAAGGUGAUUGUGCAGGGUGGGCCGGGGCAGCUGCCGCUGCCGAAGGAUCUGGCGAAGGAGGGGAAACUGGAAAGGUGUCCCGGGGAUUACUAUACCGUUAGGGGAGAGGGUAUUUGUUGUCCUAAUGGCUACUUCAAAUUCACCCGCACGAUCGCCUCCCAAACCGCGUGUUUCUCUUCCCUCAAAGAUGCAGCUACCCCCCCUCCCGUAACCUCGGGCCUAGCCGCCAACCCAACCGACACCCUCCUCCCCACCUCUGCAAUCCUCAACCUCGCCUGGGCAAUGGCCUUCAACACCACCCAAGACAACGAUGACCCUCCCGUCUCAACCGGCGCAGCCGUCGGCAUCGGCAUCGCCGCCGCCCUCGUCCUUUUCUCAUUCGUUGGCCUGCUCCUAUUCUGGUUUCUCCGUCGCAGACGACAUCAACGCCUCGCGAGAGGCGAAAUCCCGCCCACUAGGGAGAAAGAGGCAAAUCGUCUCACCGGUGCUACGAUUCACUCAAAUAUGCAAUUCCGACCGUACUCAGAAGGUCCCCCACGCCUAGAAAUUCGUUCUGUCUCCCGGGGCAUGCCAACCAUAACAGUCUCUCCCUACGACGACCAGAUGCAGGCCCACCGCGAUCACGACAUCUACCCUUACCGUGACCACGUCACAGAAGGGAUGACGUACACAAGGGGAUACCAUGCCCCACCAACGGCUUCGGUAUCAACCCCUAGCUCCCCUCCAUCACAUUAUUCUGCUCCAUCACCUCCGAUCUCACCCCCUCCUCAGGAUAUAGGGAUAGGGACUGUUCCUGGCGCAGAACAAAAGGGGUCGUAUUGGACUGAGACGGAAGAGAAUAUGGGGAGUUAUUGGGCUAGGAAGAGGGAUUAUCAAAUUCACGACCAAACACUACCACCACGUCGGACAUCCUCGAGAUAG